UGAUUUUCCGCAGUUUGGGAUGCUGCCGAAAUAAACUUUGCAACUGGUCUGAAUCUGAAUCAGUCUCUUUCCGAACGCGAAACUGAAAGCGGAAAGACGCCGAGUGAAAAUGAAAUAAAUAGAAGGGAACGCCGCGGACUAAGAAUUCAUAAAAUUAUACAUACCGCAGCGAUUUGAAAACAUUCGGAUUGUGUGCUUCAAUUUGUUGGUGGUCGCCGUACUUUUCCGCACCGUCCGAAUCGGCACGAAAAGCUGAGAGAUUGGUCUAAAUUUAGCGACCGGUGUGUUUUGGUAGGGUGUCGUAUAGGGGGUCCCAGUGAACUCCGGCCCCUCCGAACCCCCAGCGGCCCACUUGGGAUAUAUACACGAGUUGUGAGCCCCGAAAGUGUUUACCCAUAAAUCGGCCAAGAUGCCUCCUGCUUCCAACACGAUCGUACUGAAGAGCCUCUCCGUGCUGCUGGGUCUGUUUUUCAUCUUCGUGGGCACCCUGAAGCUAACGCCGCACAUCAGCAAGGAUCUGUACAAGGACCUGCGCACAGAGUACGUGAAGUAUGCCAAAGUAUUCCCGUUGACGGCCCUCUUUGGAGUGAAAAUCCCCUCGAAAUGGUACCGGCGCACAGUUGGCAUCCUGGAGAUCGUCUGCGGCCUGGCCAUGGCUCUAAUUCCCUAUCACAAAGUGAAAAAUACGGCCAAUGUAACGCUGCUGGUGCUGAUGCUGCUGGGAAUUUAUCAGCACUGGAUGGUAAGUGAUCCCUUCGAGCGCUCUGGACCGGCGCUGGUGUUCACCUUCAUGCUGGGCGGUCGCCUGGUGGUCUGGUACCAGACCGCCCGCCUCCAGGACGAGGCCUCGACGGCCGCCCAGCCUCCUGCAAACGGCGUCAAGCAGGAUUAGGCGCCUGCUCCCGUUGCAUCACAGCAUACUCAUAGUCAUUCACUGAUCCAGCUUUGUUUUAGCACCUUAAGUUGGGUUCCAAAAAAAUUGGCGCGCCCCGUCUUUGGGUCAAAAAUUCAUUCACAUCAUUCUAGCAAAUCGAAAUUCAUGUUUUCACUUUGGUGCCAAAAUAAUUAUCGUAUACAGAACUAUUAUAUUGUAUGUGAUGGCAAGAUAUUAACUAAAACUGUAGAGCCACUGCAUAAAGACACGACCAGAACAAACAAAAUUGUAAUCAAAUCCUCUUCGUAACGGGCACUUAGUCGAAACCAUCUUAAUUACGACUUUUAGAAACAAUUUUAAUAAAUUUGAACAACUCAUACAUAUUUAAAAUUAA